UAAACCCUAGUUUAGUUAGGGCAUAUUUGUCGCCAUGGAUUCCUCUCAAAGUUGCAGAAGCAAAGCUCAAUCAUCGUCCUCGCCGAAUCAACUCCAUCACCACCACCAUCAUCAUCAUCAUCAUCCUCACCACCAUUUCCACAUCCAUUUCUCACCUAACUGUCCAUUUCAUAGCCGUCUUCUUCAACCAAACAUCGUCCGUCCUGAAUCCCUCACUGCCGACUCGUGCUCUGUACCGUUCAAUUCUCAAACCUCUCGGAUCCAAGACACACAUCCGUCUAAUUCUCUAUUGUUUAUUAAUGGAGAGAAAGAUAACUUGACAGUGGAACAAGAAGUUGAAGAAGAAGAAGAAGUGGAGUAUGAAGAAGAAGAAGAAGAUGAUCCAGUAUUUGUAUUGACAGAUGAAUGGAGAGAGUUCUUUGCACAAUCUGAAGCUAAAAGGAGAUUAGCGAAGAAGGAGGCUAAGCGCAAGAGCAAAUGAAACCAACUAUCGACGAAGUGGAGAACCAACCAAAGGCCUUACUAUGUGGACGAGUACUGGUACUUGUUUCUCAUUGUAUUUGCAUAUUAUUCUACACUUCUUUUUUGGUUAAAACCAGUGGUAUGACCACCCAGGUUUUGAACAAAACAAUAUUUUGUUAAAAGAAAGAAACAAUCUGUUAAUGAAUAACAGAUUUAGCAGGAUAUUUGGUUAUGUCUC